AUGUCGCAACUCCCCUUUCCCGAUACGUUCCGUGCGCAGUUCAGCCACAUUACCAGCUACUCGCUGGUCAGUAGUGUCCGCGAACGAGAACUAGUUGCACGCAUUGUCAAUAAAUACCUGAUGACGAAACUAGAGCCAAGUUACUUUUCCAGACACUUUAUAGACAUGUUCAACGAGUCAACCUUGAGUCGCCAGAGAGAGCUCAUUGUCCGCCAGGCCACACCUGUCCCGGCCUUCGACUACACUUUAUACCAGAGAUUAGAAAUACCACAGCCCCACAAACGAGAUAUCAUGUCUAUGCUACUAGUCAGCCUGCAACCAAACUAUGCUGAGGUCGUGCCCCUGCGCGAGUUGCAACGCGCCGCGAACAUCAAGGGUAGUCGCCAAGCUGUGGCAAAUGGCUAUAUCCGAAAGAUCGCCAAACUUGCGUCGAUCGAGCCCUCCAGAGUCGCCACGGUGGUGUAUUUGUUUGCCGACCAACUCUAUAUAGUCAAGGAAAUGGAUGAGUUUCUGCAGUCCUUCUACCUAGCCAGCUGCAGUCUCAUUGAAACAGCAAUUGCUGAAAGUAGCCUGAGCAAAGCGACAAAAUACAACGUUUCAAAGUUCUUCGUCCGCACUAGUCUCAAGCGUCGUGUACACAUCCAGCGCAUUGUGCUAGCUAGGUCGCAGCUGUGCAUGCUGCACAACAUGGAGGAUGAGUCCUUUGUUUUGCCGGUAGAUGCCCGCCACAUUGAGGAGGCACGUUUUGCAGCUACUAACGUACCCGACGAAUUUCAAUUUGCGCUGCUUCGACUUCAAUUUGCGCUGCUUCGACCAUACACGCCCAAGAACGGGCUGGUGGGUACGGAGUUCUAG